AUGAACGAAAUGGAAAAUAAAGCGGUUGAAGCGAUCAUAUCACCAUCAUUUAUAGAUAAGAUGACAUCAUGCAGCUCGUUAUCAUGCAAAUAUGAUGGUGAUACAGAUGAUAUUCAUAUGGAGAAUCAAAAAAUUCACUCAAAGCAACAACGACGAUGUUUGGGAUCACAGAUUGUACCAACCGAUCUCUCAAUCAAUGGUUCUAUGAAUAUCUUGGAAGAUGUUGUUCGUUGCUUGCUUGAUAAAGAUACGAGCGCAUUGGGUUUCCAGAUAGCGCAAAGAUCGGAUGGUAUAUGCAUCAGUUAUGUUGAGCCUAACGGUCCAGCUGAUCGUUCCGGAAAUAUUUUUGUUGGUGAUAAAAUAAAAGAAUUAACGAUAACAUUUGAGAAUAUGCCAAUCAGUGAUGCGUUGACAAUUCUUAGUUGUGCUUCAACUUAUAAAAUUCGAUUGGAAUUAGAAAGAGCUGCAAUUAAUGAUGCUAUCCAGCCAGAUUUUCCAGAUACAAAUAUAGCAGAACAGCUGAAUAAUUCGGCAAAUCCCACUCAGCAAUUUUCUAAUCUCUAUAAAAGUUACUCAACUUCAGAUUUAGCGCUACGAUUACAAAAAGCACAAAUGUCUGAUAAGACUGUAAGUGGUGGAAGUUUCAUGUCCAAACAAAAAUAUCAACUUCCACGACAAACCAUUAUAAAUACGAUCAGAGAGGAAGCGCAAUCGUUAGCAUCUGAAAAUUUAUCCUCAUCCAAUUCAUACUCAAAUUUUACGGAAAAGACUGAAUUUGCAUCAACAAUGACGGAAUCAGUUAUCAGUGAAGAAACCAUUAUAAUUAAUGAUCCAUUGCCAGCCUUGAAAAAUUUUCGAACUUCUUGCAACGAAAUAUCAUCCCAAUCUCAGAAUCCAUCCCCUGUUAUAACUUCUAAAACUUCUCCAAGAUCGAAUCAUACAACAUCAAAUUCUCUGCCAUCAAACUUAUCACAACAACAGACAUUAUCACAGAUUCCAAUAUCACGCAACAACGACCAUACCGUACUUUCGUUAAUGCCCGAAGAAAAUCACAAAAUAAAUGAAAUUAAUUACAAUGGACUUUCAGAGUUUGUUGAGCGAUCACAUUUCAUGUAUUCAAGUGCAAAUAUCAACAAUGAUAUAGGAAAAAAUUGCGUCGAAUUUUGCGAAUUAAUUGAGCCAAAACGUGAUUCGAUUGUAAUUGAAUUUGAAGAGGAUCAAAAAGAUGAUUAUUAUCAUCAACAAAAUGAUGAAGAAAUGAUUAACUUGCCAAACUGUAAUGAUAAAUUUGAUGAGGAAGUGGAGAAUAAUUUACAUCAAGCUAAUUCACACAUUAAUAAUAAUGGCGUAUUAGCUAAAAUACCACCUACAUCAAAUACUGCAACAAUUAAUGCUAAUUGUACUGAAAAAGAUCGAUUAUUCGCAGGUGUAACUGUCACCUCUCAUAAUCCACCUGUCAACAAUGAAGCAUCAGAUGAUCGAUUCAGACAAAUUGAUCUUACUGAAAAUAGGAAAUUUGGUAAUUUCAACGAAGAUAUUUCAUUUUCAAACAAUCCUGAGCAUGCUGCAAACACUUUCAUACCUUCAACAGUACCGAAUCAUACAGAAAUAAACGAAUCGAACAACAAGCAUAUGAUGAAAAAUAGUGUAUCUGUUGUGGAAUCACCGAUAAUUUCUCGAAAGAUAACAAAUGAUAAUGCACUUCCAAAUGAGAACAACGAAAGGUCACCAAAACGCAAUCAGUUGAGAAAAUUAUCCGAUAAUGGUGGAACGAAUGAAGUUGCAGCAAAGAAGGAAGCGAAAAAAUUAGCUAAAACUAUUGAUGAUUUAAAAGAUGAAGAAAAUAAUAAGAGUAAUAUAUCACAAAGGAGUCCAAAAUGGAGUCCAAAGCUUCAAUCUCACAUCCCAGUUAUCACGAGGACACCAUCAACAAAAUCCAAAAAUAAACUUCCAAAAGUUGAAGGUAAUAAAACGGUGAACAAUUCUGCACACAACAGAACGACUGACGACAUCUUGAAGAAUGAUAUGAAUGGGGCAUCAUUGUAUAUUGCGAAGAAAGAAGCUUUACGAAAAACUUAUCUUCCAUUUUCCAAAAUAAACAAAAGUGAAGAAAUGGAUUUGAAUAAGGAACGUAAAGCUCGCCUGGAAGCUAAUCAAGCAUUGUUGCAACGACAACAGGACGAGCUGAGGACAUUAGGCAUUUUGCCUUAA